AUGGAUCACGUUAGAGUCGUGAAGGACCCAACUCUCAUCUCCAGUAAUAAGAUCUUCGCGAAACUCUUUUUGAUCCGGGCGAAGAAGGAGAAACUGAAAGAUGGAUUCCCGGAAACUCUCCAGAAAUCUUCACAAGCAGAAGUCCUACUAAAGACGAUGUUCGCUCCAAUAUAUCGUUUCCUACUGUUCAUCAUAUUUUUUGAUUUCUAUCCAGUUCACGGCAUUUACUACAACAAUUAUACUAUUUUCUAUCAUGGUUUCAACACACAAACAACAGCAUCUAUAAUGGCUAUAGUAGAAGCAAAUGAAUCAGUGCUCAAGCUGACUUUAAAUAUUAUAUACUCUGUACCGCAUUAUCAAGAAGUACUCAUUAACAAACAGAGAUGCCCACGUGAGUCAUGUAUAAGAGUGAUACCAAAAGGAUUAACAUUCAAGAUCACGAUGGAAGGGGAUGAAGAAAACGUGAUAGAAUUCUCUGAUGCUUCCGCAAAAAAACCGCUAUUCUAUUAUCGCCAGUGCUCUCAACCGACGGAUAACGUGAAAUGUCGCUAUAGGACAGAAGAUGUGUUUGAUAUCUGCAUUUGCCAUGGUCACAUGGAUCAGUGUUCCAAAAAUGAGGUUCUCAUCUGGAAAGAGUGCACUGCUCCAACUCCAUACACCACUGUUGGAAUAUCAACAUCAUCACCGCUGCCAAUCACCGUAACCAGUCCGACUUUGCCGUUUUCAACACUUACUUCAACACUAACUUCAACGACGGGUUCUCCAUCUACAACGUCGUCAACCGCAACCACUCCGGCCACUUCAUCAUCUGUUCUGAGCACAACUCCGAUAACAACCACCACUCCGAGUACAAAUGGCACAACCUCCAUAGCAUCAUCUUCGACCGCACAAGACAGCACACUCCCUACUUCUAUCAUAUAUACAAAACCAACAACGCCACCCAAACUCAGAUCUCUAAAGGACCUCAGCGUGACUGAAGUGAGUCUCACAAAUAUUUCAACAGUGUUAAAUUAUACACAAUGGUAUGCUGAGAAGAAGACAGAGUUGAAAUCGGACGAGAUUCGGGAAAUAGGAGCAAUCCUAGAAAAGUGCGCCAAUCUAAGUGGACUUCCAGUGCAAGAUUCUCAAAACAUACUCUUUAUCAUGGACUGUGUACUCUACGCAAAUGAGAACGAAAUUGAGGCUAGUGGCAGUGCUGAAAUUUUUCUAUCGAUUCUACCAAUGCUUGCUCAAAACACCAAUGCAAGUGGUUUUAAUUUUCUUAACGGGAAUAAUUUUGCCUUCACCACGCAAGCACUAGACUGCUCUACGAUGAACGGCGGUGUUCUCAUGGAUCUAGGAGGAAGUUUUGCAGUUCAAAACAAAUCUAUGGAUUUCACGGGGAAUCCCAGUGAUUCUAUAUCAUUAUCGCUUCCGGAUAUAUGCGAGAACAAACCCCAAGCAUCACGCACGUUCAUGACCAUUUACCGUAAUCGGAAGUUAUUCGUUGGACCAAAAAAAUACAAUAGCUACAGCUCUGAAUCCAGACCUACUCAUCACCAAUCCAGAGGUUCAGCAGUAAUGUUUAAUGAUGAAAUUCAAGAUGAACAAUCCGAAGACCCACAACAAUCAACUUCGCCUCCUUCACCCUGCAGCAGGCAAAUUGCUCUAACGAACCAAUCACCUGUGAUGAGCGCAACAGUUCUCGACAAUGCCGAGGUGAUCCCACAACUUUCUUCGCAAAAGGCAAUGGCUAUACUAAAAUUCGACAUAGCUGGGAUUCGAAAACCAUUACAUGGCCAAUUCCGCGUCACUUGGUGGGACGGUAGAUUGCGAGAGUGGUCAACAAACGAUCAAUGUAAGACGAACGUCAAGGGAAAUGCCAUCGUCGCGCAAUGUGAACAUCUAACGGAUUUUACGGUAGUAGUGGAUUUUGCUUUGAAUGAUCCUAUCGUUUGCGAGAGAUCACUCAUUAGACUGGGCCACAUCGCGAAUAUGUUGUCUAUUGUUUCGCUGGCCGCCUUGGUAUCGAUCAAUCUCUGCUCCUAUUGGUCAACGAUGGAAGGAAGUCACAUCAUUUGCUAUUUGAGAGGUUAUGCACCUCCUCAGAAAGACUUUGUCAGCCUUGCACACGAAAUAUCGCUACUGUUUUUUUAUCUUAUAUUUGCGCUUCUAUCUGAACAAAAAACAUCAGAUAAAGAGUGUGGCCAAGUCGCGUUUGUGUCGUAUACUCUUUUAAUGAGCUCUGUUCUCUUAACGAUGUUUCAAGGAUUUCGACUCAUAUCCGUGUUUUAUACUACAUCAACGUAUCUGAAACAAAGCAUUUUCUCAUUGACUGCAGUCAGUGCAAGUUUACUGAUUCCUUUUCUUGUGUCUGCACUGCUAUUCGCAAUGACUGAUUUCUUUUAUCGUGAUGAUCAUUUUUGCUGGGUUCGCCCUGAUUAUAUUUUAUAUGCGGUCAUAAUUCCAACAUCAAUUCUGAUUAUGAACGCCAUCUUCUGCACGACUAUGGUUUGCAAUCGCCUUUUCUUUAGAAGAAAGUUAAGCACAGCGGUGAGACAUCGAGAUAAUCACAUUGUGUCCAAAAUUGUUGCAGUCCUUCUCAUGCAAGUAUCGUUAGGAGUGCCCUGGGUUCUACAAUAUCCAACACUGUGUUCACCUAUAGCAACUCCAUGGCACUAUAUUUUCACAAUUGUAAUGGGAUCACAGGGAACGCUUUUAGCAUUAUUAUUUUUCUACAAAAGGAGACAAUCGAUGGCAUUAUACCGACCCUCACAACGUGGAACAUUGCUAAAUAUGAAGGAACAGUUUUCAUCACUGGAUAGCAGCGGAAGCACUAAGGAAGAAAAAGAACUUUCUUUGGAUUGA